AUCUGAGUUUAAAUCUUGGUGUGUAUCACUUUAGCAUCCCAAAAAAGAAAUUCUUUUGAUUUUUGAGUGACAUAGUGUCCCAGAAUCCAGACACUACCCAGUGAUCGGGCAGCAAGCGGUACCCAAAACUGCAGCUACAACAACGAAUAAAGCCAUGGAUUAUUCGGUGCGCGUAAAGUGUCGCAAGAUGCUGGAAUCCGCUCUGCAGAUGGACGAUUUUGACGAUUUGGACGACUUGGCCGAAGGAUGCGGCCAUUUCAAGGACUUGGCCUUCCAGCUCGAGCAGGCCAUCUACGACGAGCUGUAUGACUUGGAGGUGAAGUACAAGAACCGCAUCCGCUCGCGACUCUCCAACCUAAGGGACCCCAAGAAUCCCGGGCUGCGCGACAAGUUCCUGCGCGGCAUCAUCUCCCCCAAGCAGCUGGCCAAGAUGACGCCCGACGAGAUGGCCAGCGACGAGCUGAAGCAGAUGCGCCAGCAGUUCGUCCAGGACUCCAUCCACAAGGCCCAGAAGGCCGAGAUGGCCCAGGGCACCAAGACGGACCUCUUCAAGUGUUCGCGCUGCAAGAAGCGCAACUGCGUCCAGCUGCACACCCAGGAUGGCGACGAGCCCAUAAUGACCUUUGUCAUGUGCGAGGAGUGCGGCAAUCGAUGGAAGUCAUAGGAUGCCACAGGAUUUCGUAUAACUCGUAUGAAGCGAAAUCAAUAAAAAUUGACAGCUAUAGUUGUCAA